AGUGGAUCCUUGAGCAUUGGGGAUGAGGUGGAUGAAGCUAAAGUGAUAGAACAACCGGAGGCGGCUCUUGUUGAACAGGAAGUAUUGGAGGUUGGUAAUAAAGAUGACGAGAAACUUACGCCUGAAGGGUAUUCUGUUAUUGAAAGUAUUCAGGUUGAUGUUGCUGGCCCAGGGGUAGCUGUUGUUGGAGAGACGGAAGAAAAUGAAGUUGUACCGAAUAAACCAGAGGAGGAGGUUGCUGACGUGGCUGCGAUUGAACCAGAAAAAUCUGAGGUGGUUAGUCUUGUGGAUGUGGCACCUAUGCCUGAAGGGGAUUCUGUUGUUGAUACCAUUCAGGUUGAUGCGCCCAACCCCGAGCUUGCUGUUGAGGAAGCAGAACAAAAUGGAGUUGCUGCUAAUGAAUUAGAGGCAAACGAGGCCGCUGAAGAGGUUGGUCUUGGUGAUGUGAAACUCACUCCUGCAGGGGAUUCUGUUGUUGAUACCAUUCAGGUCGGUAUGGUAGGCCCUGGGGUAGCUGUUGUUGGUGAGACACAAGAAAAUGGAGGUAAGAUUGAAGGAGUGGAGGUCCCACUUCAAUUGGUUGGUGGCUCUACUGAAAGUGGUAAUGGUGUCAAUGAAGAAGUGAGUACCAGGGAAGUUGGAGCUGAUAACCCAAGCUUUGAACCUGCAGCUGAGAGUUCAAAGGAUGUUUUGGAGUCAAAGACACUUGAACCUGAACAUUACGUGGUUGGGGAUGAAAAUGGUGAAAAAUCAGAUGCAGGAACUGUUGUUGAUUUGGUCAAUGGAGUUCAUAAGUCCCUAAAAAGUAAUGAUUCGAUCGAGAAUGGCACCACAGAUAAGAUUCACACAGAUGGGGAGGUCGGGCUUGUGGAUGAAACAGUAGCAGCAGAUAGAGACGUUAAUCAGCUCUAUGCCUCAGAUGCUGGAACUGUGCAGACCAAUGGUGUGCACGGCGGUGUUCCUGCACAAAAUGAUGGAUUAGCUGAUAGGAUGGAUGAAGAAGUUCAUCCUGAAGACUCCAUGUCGGAUGAAGACACUGAUGGUAUGAUUUUUGGGAGCUCUGAAGCCGCCAAAAAGUUCAUUGAGGAUUUGGAACGAGAAUCUGGUGGGGAUUCUCAUACAGGUGCUGACAGUUCAUUUGAGCAGUCUCAGAGGCUCGAUGGUCAAAUUGUCACUGAUUCAGAAGAAGAAGGUGAUACUGAUGAAGAAGGAGAUGGGAAGGAAUUGUUCGAUUCUGCUGCCCUGGCAGCUCUUUUGAAGGCUGCAACUGGUGCUGAUUCAGAUGGUGGCAGUAUCACUAUCACUUCCCAAGAUGGAUCUAGGCUUUUCUCAGUGGAGCGUCCUGCUGGCCUGGGAUCUUCACUUCGGUCUUUGAGACCUGCUCCCAGACCAACCCACCCCAACCUUUUCAGUCCUGCUUCUGCAGGUGGUGGAGAAUCUGAGGACAACUUGAGCGAAGAAGAGAAGAAGAAACUUGAAAAGUUGCAACAGAUUAGGGUGAAGUUUUUGAGGCUUGUUCACAGGUUAGGCCUUUCUCCAGAAGAAUCUGUGGCAGCACAGGUUUUAUACCGGCUGGCUCUUCUUGGUGGGAGGCAAGGCAUCCAAACUUUUAGCUUGGAUGCGGCCAAGAGGAUGGCUUUGCAGCUCGAAGCAGGGGAAAGUGAUGAUCUGGACUUCUCUGUGGACAUCCUUGUUCUUGGAAAAUCUGGGGUGGGUAAAAGUGCAACCAUAAAUUCAAUAUUUGGAGAAGAGAAGGCUCCAAUUGAUCCUUUUGAAACUGGGACAGCUUCUGCAAAAGAGAUUUCUGGACUUGUUGAUGGAGUUAAAGUUCGGAUUGUUGAUACACCUGGUCUUAAGUCCUCUGUGAUGGAACAGGGUUUCAACCGCAGUGUCUUAUCUUCGGUGAAGAAGUUCACAAAGAAGAGCUCCCCAGAUGUUGUUCUUUAUGUAGACCGGUUGGAUGCGCAAUCUAGAGAUCUUAACGAUCUACCACUCCUUAAGACUGUUACUAGUUCUCUUGGCUCUUCUAUAUGGCGAAGUGCCAUAGUCACCCUUACUCAUGCUGCUUCUGCACCUCCAGAUGGACCUUCUGGUUCCCCCCUGUGCUAUGAAGUGUUUGUCUCUCAGAGGUCUCAUGUUGUCCAGCAGUCCAUUGGCCAUGCUGUGGGCGAUCUACGAAUGAUGAGUCCAAGUCUCAUGAAUCCCGUUUCUCUUGUAGAAAACCACCCCUCAUGUCGGAAGAACAGGGAGGGCCAGAAAAUACUUCCUAAUGGUCAGAGUUGGAGACCUCAGUUACUGUUAUUAUGCUAUUCCAUGAAGAUUUUAUCAGAAGCUAGUUCACUCUCAAAACCUCAGGACCCAUUUGACCACCGAAAGCUGUUUGGUUUUCGAGCUCGUGCACCACCUCUUCCGUACAUGUUAUCGUCAAUGUUGCAGUCGCGUGCCCACCCAAAGCUUCCAUCCGAUCAGGGCGGUGAAAAUGUUGAUUCUGAUAUUGACCUGGAUGAUCUGUCGGAUUCUGACCAAGAAGAAGAGGAUGAGUAUGACCAGCUCCCGCCAUUUAAGCCUCUAAAGAAAGCUCAGUUAGCAAAGCUCAGUAGAGAACAGAGGAAGGCAUAUCUUGAAGAGUAUGAUUAUCGUGUAAAGCUUCUCCAGAAAAAGCAGUGGAGAGAGGAGUUGAGGAGAAUGAGAGAAAUUAAAAAGAAAGGUAAAGAUGUUGCAACUGAUUAUGGAUUCACAGAGGAUGAUGCUGACUCUGGAGCAGCGGCUCCAGUGGCGGUUCCCCUGCCUGACAUGGCUCUCCCACCUUCAUUUGAUGGUGAUAAUCCUGCAUAUCGGUAUCGGUUCUUGGAGCCAACUUCACAAUUUCUUGCAAGGCCAGUUCUGGAUAGUCAUGGUUGGGACCAUGAUUGUGGGUAUGAUGGUGUCAACCUUGAACACAGCCUAGCUAUUGCUAAUCGUUUUCCACUAGCAUACACUGUUCAAAUCACAAAAGAUAAGAAGGACUUCACCAUCAGUUUGGAUUCAUCAAUUUCGGCUAAGCAUGGAGAGAAUAUGUCGAGCAUGGCAGGCUUUGACAUUCAGAGUAUGGGAAAACAACUUGCUUAUAUUGUUCGGGCUGAAACCAAACUAAAAAAUUUGAAGAAGAAUAGAGCAGCUGGUGGAUUAUCUUUUACAUUUUUAGGUGAAAAUGUGGUCCCUGGUGUGAAGAUUGAAGAUGAGAUUACGUUAGGAAAGCAAUAUGUUUUGGUAGGUAGUGCUGGUGCUGUGCGAUCUCAGCACGACACUGCUUAUGGAGCCAACUUUGAGCUGCAGAGAAGGGAGCUGGAUUAUCCAAUUGGUCAAGUUCAAUCCACACUCAGCAUGUCCGUUAUCAAAUGGAGAGGAGAUCUAGCUCUAGGGUUCAACAGUCUGGCUCAGUUCUCAAUAGGACGAAACUCUAAGGUGGCUGUUCGCGCUGGAAUCAAUAACAAGCUCAGUGGUCAAGUAACUGUGAGGACAAGCAGUUCCGAGCAUCUUUCUCUCGCUCUCGCUGCUAUUAUCCCAACUGCUCUUUCCAUCUACAAGAAACUCUUUCCUACUGCAGGCGAGAAGUAUUCAAUCUACUAGUUCUGUUUCCUUGUUGCCUUUAUCUUUAAUAUUACAACAGAGCAUCUUGCAAGACAAUAGCUUUCCAUGUUCUCACUCUGCUUUUUGAAUAAUAAUUGAAUUGUUUGAUUUGUAAUUCUUGAUGGCACUGAGAACUCUUUUUUGGCGCAAUAGAAGUGUACGGUUAUUAACAGUGCAAAGUAGCGAAACAAUUGUUUGCUCUUCAAGAGAAUCCAUAUAAUGCUCUAUAUUUUGUAUCGUCGGGCGGUAGACUUAUUUACUAGUUCCAGGUGCCGUGUUCUGAUGCUGGAUCCACGCUCUCGUUAAUUUAUUUACAACAUUGAUCCGUGUGUUUAAUUA